AUGAUGCUGAAUGAAACAGGUCACACAGGAGGAGGCGCCCAAGACUGGGGCGGCCAGCGACCAGAGGAGCCCGAGCCGCAGGACCCGCACUGUGCGCCGCCCGAAGGUACGGCCUCACGAGUCUUGGUCUACCCACCGUAUAUUUAUCAAACUCAGUCAAGUGUCUUUUGUAGUGUGAAGAAACUCAAAGUAGAGCCAAGCAGUUGUGUAUUCCAGGAAAGGAACUAUCCACGGACCUAUGUGAAUGGUAGAAAAGUUGGAAAUUCUCAUCGUCCCACGAAGGGCAGUGCUUUUCAGACAAAGAUACCAUCUAAGAAACCUGGAGGACACAACCUUCCAUUGCAGACAAGUGCUGUUGUUUUAAAAAGUACUACCACUGCGGGUGCUACAAAGGUUAUAGCAGCUCAGGAGCAGCAAACUCAAGUGGAGGCAUCUCAGACUGGGACGUGGUGAUGCAGGUUAAAUUUCCUAGAAGGCCCCCAGCGAUGUGGAUUGAAGUGCAAGAGUGAGGAGUUGGAUAAUCAUAGCGCAAUGCAGAUUGUCGAUGAGUCGUCCAUACUUCCUGCAAUGUUGCAAACCAACAUGGGAAAUCCAGUGACAGUUGUGACAACUACCACAGGAACAAAACAGAAUUGUACCACUGGAGAAGGGGACUAUCAGUUAGUACAGCAUGAAGUUUUAUGCUCCAUGAAAAAUACUUAUGUAGUCCUUGAUUCUCUUGGUGGAGGCGCUUUUGGUAAGGUAGUGAAAUGCUGGAAAAGAGGGACAAAUGAAAUUGCAGCAAUCAAAAUUUUGAAGGACCACCCUUCUUAUGCACGUCAAGGUUAGAUAGAAGUGAACAUAUUAGCAAGGCUCAGUACUGAAAAUGCUGAUGAAUACAACUUUGUACGAGCUUAUGAAUGCUUUCAGCACCGUAACCAGACUUGUUUAGUCUUUGAGAUGCUGGAACAAAACUUGUAUGACUUUCUGAAACAAAAUAAGUUCAGUCCUCUGCCACUAAAAGUAAUUCGACCCAUUCUUCAGCAAGUGGCCACUGCGCUGAAAAAAUGGAAAAGUCUUGCUUUAAGUCACGCAGACCUCAAACCAGAGAAUAGUAUGUUGGUGGAUCCUGUUCGACAGACAUACAGGGUUAAAGUAAUAGACUUUGGGUCGGCCAGUCACGUAUCAAAGACUGUUUGUUCAACAUAUCUGCGAUCUCCGCACUACAAGGGACAUGGGCCUGAUUACUCCAAAGCCACGUACCACGUUGUGAGAAGGGACCCACGUUACGAGGAACUGAGGUUUGCUGCUAAUAGCCAUGUGAGGAGCAUUUCAAAAGCAGAUCUUCCAUCCCAGUCAAGUCUUCCCAUGACCACAGCUCUGGCCAACAUCUGGACUACAACUUCAAGAGACACCCUAAGCCAGCACGACUCAGCUCAGCUGCCCCCAGACUCCUGGCCCUCAGAAACUGUGAGAUAA